AUAUUUUCAAUGGAGGGCUUAGAAGCGUACCCCGAAGAAUUUGCAAAUUUUUUAAAACUAUCUUUGGCGUACUAUAAACGUGUCAACAUAACAUUUUUCGAUUCCAAAUCCAGUUUUUGGGAUAAGUAUUGGCAUUUCUUUGUAUUACUACCACCUUUUGCAUUCUUCUACUAUACCAUGACAAUGUACAUGGUAAAACUUGUUACUGAAGGCUUAGACCCGUUUGCGAAGCCGGAUAUGAUCGCUUUGUGGCUUGUAUCAAACCAAGUUAUCUUUAAAGAUAUAUUAUUUACCAAAAACAAGGAGGCCGUAAGACUGGUCAUCGAACAUCUGGGUGCGGUUUGGAGGAUGACCGAUCUGACAAAAGAACAAAUAAUAAUAAAGAAUACCUCGCUCAAAUUCCUUAAAUACGGAAUAUACAUAUACAACAAGUCCUGCAUGACAGUAGCAUGGCAGUACCUUCUAUACCCGUUCAUCUCGAUGCUGUUCAAGCACAUCUUUUGGGGCAACGAAAUAGAAAUGGUUCUGCCGUUCCCUUGCGAGUAUCCGUUUGCUAUUGACAACUGGCCGGUUUAUUUCGCAGUUUAUGCAUUACAAAUAUUUGGUGUAUUACAAAUGGUUUACCUAUACUUGGGCGCAAAUUUUCUUCUGAUCAGUUUGAGCAUUUACAUCAGCAUACAGUUUCAACUCCUGCAAGAUGACUUGAUUAAUAUUAAGCCAACGAACAAUAAAAAGACCAAAUAUUACGAGUAUUAUGACACGGAAAUAUCUGAGUAUCAUGAAGGCAAGGAGUACACAAUCGAAGAUUUUGUCAGACGCCAUCAGGAUAUUUUAUUGUUGACGCGGCAACUGAACGAUGCGUUCAACAAAAUGGUAUUUGUAAACUUGGUGAUCGCUACAGUCGUCGUUUGUUUCUUUGCGGUUGCUGUGAAGACCACCACAGAUACAGCGUAUAAGUUAACCAAUGGAGCUGCUCUAGUUGUGUACAUGGCGAACAUACUCAUUGUUUGCUACUGCAGUGAAAUACUGAGUAUAUCUAGCACGGGUAUAGCGUUGUCCGCUGCCAAGAACAUGUGGUACGACGGGGACUUGCGAUAUCAGAAGAUUAUUUGCAUUAUUAUCAUGAGAUCGCAAAAGCCGUGUACUUUACUGUCGCUAAUUUUUUUUUCUUUUUCGACUGUUUUAGUUGGAUGGUAUAACACCAUACAAUAUUUUGCAAUGGAGGGCUUAGAAGCGUACCCCGAAGAAUUUGUAAAUUCUUUAAAACUAUCUUUGGAGUACUAUAAACGUGUCAACAUAACAUUUUUCGGUUCCAAGACCAGUUUUUGGGAUAAGUAUCGGCAUUUCUUUGUUUUCGGCAUACCUUUUGCUUUCUUCUACUAUACUGUGACAAUGUACAUGGUAAAAGUUGUAGCUGAAGGCUUAGACCCGUUUGCGAAGCCGGAUAUGAUCGCUUUGUGGCUUAUAUCAACCCAAGUUAUCUUCAAAUACAUAUUAUUUACAAAAAACAAGGAGGGCGUAAGACUGGUCAUCGAACAUCUGGGUGCGGUUUGGAGGAUGACUGAUCUGACAAAAGAACAAAUAUUAAUAAAGAAUUCCUCGCUAAAAUUCCUUAAAUACGGACUAUACAUAUACAACAAGUCCUGCAUGACAACAGCAUGGCAGUACUUUCUGUACCCGUUCAUCUCGAUGCUGUUCAAGCACAUCUUUUGGGGCAACGAAAUAGAAAUGGUUCUGCCGUUCCCUUGCGAGUAUCCGUUUGCUGUCGACAACUGGCCGGUUUAUUUGGCAGUUUAUGCAUUACAAAUCAUUGGUGCAUUACAAAUGGUUCAUCUAUACCUGGCUCCAAAUUUUCUACUGACCAAUUUGAGCAUUCACAUCAGCACACAGUUUCGACUCCUGCAAGACGAUCUGAUUAAUAUUAAGCCAACGAACAACAAAAAGACUAAAUACCAAUAUGACAUGGAAAUAACUAAGUAUUAUGAAGGCAAGGAGUACACAAUCGAAGACUUUGUUAGAAGACAUCAGGAUAUUAUAUUGUUGACGCGGCAACUGAACGAUGCGUUCAACAAAAUGGUAUUUGUAAACUUGGUGAUCUCUACAGUCGUCGUUUGUUUCUUUGCGGUUGCUGUGAAGACCACCAUAGAUCCGGCGUACAAGUUAACUAAUGGAGCUGCUUUAGUUGCGUACAUGGCGAAUUUACUCAUCGUUUGCUACUGCAGUGAAAUGCUAAGUAUAUCUAGCACGGGUAUAGCGUUGUCCGCUGCCAAGAACAUGUGGUACGACGGGGACUUGCGAUACCAGAAGAUUAUUUGUAUUAUUAUCAUGAGAUCGCAAAAGCCGUGUACUUUACUGGCGUUAAAUUAUUAUUCAAUCAGCAUGAAAACGUUUAACAGAGCGUUAAAAACGACAUAUUCAUAUUUCUCUUUAGCAAGCCACAUUUACGAUGCGAGGGAUUAACAAAGAUAGAAAAGAAAGAAAAUACACUACUGAGUAUUAGAAAACUAUUUCACUGCAAUCAAUUAGCUGGCAGUAGGAAAAAUAUAAUGACA